UGCACGUCCAGCUUCUGAGAGAAGGAGGCCGAGGCCUGGGCCAAGCCCGGAGCCGCCGCUUCCCGGAGCCUCCUGGAGCCCCCGCGCCGGCUCAGCCUGGGGGCGGGCUCAGGCCCGGCCCGCCGCCGAACCCAGGACAGAGGCUGCACGUCCGAGGACCAGGCCGGCGCAGCCAUGGAGGAGGCAUCUCCCUAUUCCUUACUUGAUAUCUGCUUGAAUUUCCUGACUACUCAUCUUGAGAAGUUCUGUUCAGCAAGACAAGAUGGAACAUUGUGUCUGCAGGAACCUGGAGUAUUCCCACAGGAGGUGGCUGAUCGACUGCUUCAGACUAUGGCUUUUCAUGGUCUACUGAAUGAUGGAACUGUAGGUAUUUUCAGGGGCAAUCAGAUGCGCUUAAAGCGUGCUUGCAUUCGCAAAGCCAAGAUCUCUGCUGUUGCUUUCCGGAAAGCUUUCUGCCAUCACAAGUUAGUGGAACUUGAUGCUACAGGUGUGAAUGCAGACAUCACGAUUACAGACAUCAUCAGUGGGCUUGGCAGUAACAAAUGGAUCCAGCAAAAUCUCCAGUGCCUAGUGCUGAACUCGUUAACUCUUUCCCUCGAAGAUCCUUACGAGCGGUGCUUCAGCCGGCUUUCUGGCCUUCGAGCGUUAAGCAUCACCAAUGUUCUCUUUUACAAUGAAGACCUCGCUGAAGUUGCCUCAUUGCCAAGAUUAGAGAGCCUGGAUAUUUCUAACACCUCAAUCACAGACAUCACAGCUUUGCUGGCCUGCAAAGACCGACUCAAGUCUCUAACCAUGCACCACUUGAAGUGUUUAAAAAUGACAACUACCCAGAUACUGGAUGUUGUGCGGGAACUAAAACAUCUGAAUCAUCUUGACAUUUCAGAUGAUAAACAGUUUACAUCAGACAUAGCUCUUCGCCUACUAGAACAAAAAGACAUCCUACCCAACCUUGUCUCCCUGGAUGUUUCUGGGAGAAAGCAUGUGACAGAUAAAGCUGUUGAAGCCUUUAUACAACAACGGCCCAGCAUGCAGUUUGUAGGUUUGCUGGCCACUGAUGCAGGUUACUCUGAAUUCCUCACCGGUGAAGGACAUUUAAAGGUGUCUGGAGAAGCCAAUGAAACUCAGAUUGCAGAAGCAUUGAAGCGGUACAGCGAACGGGCAUUCUUUGUCCGGGAAGCUCUAUUUCACCUUUUUAGCCUGACUCAUGUGAUGGAAAAAACAAAGCCAGAAAUUUUAAAGCUUGUGGUUACUGGGAUGAGAAACCACCCUAUGAAUUUGCCAGUACAACUUGCAGCAAGCGCCUGUGUGUUUAACUUAACUAAGCAGGAUCUUGCUGCAGGAAUGCCUGUUCGACUCCUGGCUGAUGUGACUCAUUUGCUGCUCAAAGCCAUGGAACAUUUUCCCAAUCACCAGCAGUUACAGAAGAAUUGCCUCCUUUCACUUUGCAGUGACCGGAUCCUUCAAGAUGUUCCAUUCAACAGGUUUGAAGCAGCCAAGCUUGUCAUGCAGUGGCUGUGCAACCAUGAGGAUCAAAACAUGCAAAGAAUGGCUGUUGCUAUCAUUUCCAUCCUGGCUGCCAAGCUUUCAACAGAACAAACUGCGCAGCUUGGUGCUGAGCUCUUCAUUGUCAGGCAACUUCUUCAAAUAGUGAAGCAAAAAACCAAUCAAAAUUCAGUGGACACUACUUUGAAGUUUACUUUGAGUGCACUUUGGAACCUUACAGAUGAAUCUCCAACCACUUGCAGACAUUUUAUUGAAAACCAAGGGUUAGAACUCUUCAUGCGGGUUCUAGAGUCUUUCCCAACUGAAUCAUCCAUUCAACAGAAAGUCCUAGGACUUUUGAAUAAUAUAGCCGAAGUACAAGAGUUGCAUUCUGAAUUAAUGUGGAAGGAUUUUAUAGACCACAUCAGUAGCCUCUUACAUAGUGUUGAAGUGGAAGUCAGUUACUUCGCAGCUGGAAUCAUUGCCCAUUUAAUAUCUAGAGGUGAACAAGCUUGGACAUUGAGCCGUAGCCAGAGAAAUUCUCUUCUGGAUGAUCUGCAUUCAGCUAUUUUGAAAUGGCCAACUCCAGAGUGUGAGAUGGUGGCAUACAGGUCCUUUAAUCCAUUUUUCCCAUUACUUGGCUGUUUUACAACACCAGGAGUCCAGCUGUGGGCAGUUUGGGCCAUGCAACAUGUCUGCAGCAAGAAUCCCUCAAGGUAUUGCAGCAUGCUGAUUGAGGAAGGAGGAUUGCAGCAUUUAUACAACAUCAAAGAACAUGAACAGACUGAUCCCCAUGUUCAACAGAUCGCUGUGGCCAUUCUGGACAGCUUAGAAAAACACAUUGUGCGCCAUGGCAGACCACCUCCCUGUAAAAAGCAGCCCCAGGCUAGACUAAAUUGAUAGCCAUAGGUAGUUGGAUAACUGAAUCACAGGAAUCCUUUUCAUGAUAGGUUCAUUUGGAAUAUCUUAUCCUCUGUGCUGUUUUAGGGGUUUCUAUGACAAGAGUCAUAAGAUCAGUUUGGGUUUGAUGGUGUACAGUACUGCCCAUGUGAACAGUCUCUAAUUUGUCUUGUGAUUUUUAACUUCUGAGGCAUGAAGGGUCUCUUCCUUCAUCAUUGCCUUUUAGGAAAUUUUCCACAUCUUUCUGUGUUUGAAGUUACCUGUGCUUGAAAUUCUACGGUUUUAUGAUCAAGUUUGCACGAACCCUUAGGCCAGACUUUUCUGAUCUUAAGUCUCUUCCAAUCAAUUUGCAGCUUCGGAUGAGCUGUUAACCUGAUUUCUAGCACUGCUUCAGUUAUAAGUUUUAUACUGCUUCUGUAUAAAAUGCCUUUAUUCUCUGUAUGUGUACCUUUUAUAAGAUGUCCUUCUUAGUGUGAAAGAACAGAAAGUCGAGUCCUCUUGGAAAGCUACUCACUGACUGGAGCCUGGGUGGUUGGCAAAAAAAAAAUAAAUUAGAAAGAAAACUAGUAAGAGAAACGAGAUUAGGAACUGGAGAAAGGUCUGCCCUUACAGUAUAGUUUUUAAACUAGAACAAGCUAUCCUUCUGGAACCCUCUCCUGAGGCAGUGAGCAUAUUUAUUCCUGGGAGCAUGGGCUGCUGCUUCCUACACAGACUGCUGGGUACUCUGUAGAAAUAUUUGCCCAGGCAUCACAAUGUAAAAUAUUACAGCAUUCUGUGUUAAAGAAGAACUGUCUGGAUCUCUAUAUGUCAUACUGUUGUGAAAUGUGAAUUUUUAUAAAAUUGUCUCUUGUUAAAACUGACCGUUCUUUUCCCUCUAUUUCAAAGUCAUUUUGUUCAGUGAAAUAGAGACACACAUGGUAUUACCAGCUCAGUUAAAGUACAGUUAACAACAGUAAAUUUUGUCACAAGAAGUUAAAUUUUCUUUUCUUUCAAAAUACAUGUAUCUUAAUGUUCUCAUGUUGGAGAAAGAUGUCCACAUCUCACUGCCAAAAAUGAAUGAGAAGCACUAGGCUAUUAUUAAGUGUAAUGAUUCUAGUUGUGGUGCAUAAAAAGGAAAUAUUUUUUGAUGGGUUAUUUUUUAGACAAUUGCCUUUCCUUUAUGAUACCUGUUACAGCAUAGUAAAGAAUCAGUUAUCAUUAUAUCAAUAAUGAAAGCUGGGAGGUAGGAAGUCACCACAAAACUUAAUUUCUGUUUUCAGUUUUAGUUUGUGAAUAAGGUUGAUGACAAUUUGAGAUGACUGUGUUUUCUUCAUAGAUGGCCAGAAUGUUUUUAGUAGAGAUUUAAGUGGUAUAUUUAAAUUAUGGUGAUUAUAUAGAUGCAUUUUUAUUUAGAAAGCUGGCUUAGUAGUAUGCUGAUAACAUUUUUGACAUACGUAUUUCAAACCACUGUCACAAAAGUCAUACUUGAAUUAUUUCGUACUCCUUUGCAGGGAUGAAAACUUAAACUGAAAGAAAAUAGGUAUUUAGGUAUUAAAAACCAUAUCAUAUUCUGGGUUACUUCUGACUUAAUUGGUUUAAGGAAUUUUUAUAGGCUCAAGAUAAAUUUUCACAGAUUGUCUAUUUCAGAGGAAGUGGAAAAUUCUUUUAACUUUCCCCCUUUUUCCCAGAUUUUAAUGUCUAAGGCAAAAUGUAGAAAAUAGGAUGGUCUACACUAGCUUGGAAGUUGCUGGCUAUGUUGACUACUAUCUCCAGGUCUCUUAGCUUGGAUAGUUAAGGGAAAGCCUGUUUGAGAAGUUUGGCUUCAAGUUUCUCUUAUGUCUUGUUCAAGACAAAAGUGCAUGUUCCUUAUAUGCUAAUCUUAGGUUUUUAUCUUUACAAAUUGUUUUCAGAAAUAGCUAAAAAUGUACAGAAAAUAACAACUCCAUUAUUCAGAAUAACUUGAUAGAUGAAGACUCAAAAAUACUUAAAGUUAAUUCUAAACUUACUACUUUGAGCAUUGGUAAUGGUCGGAUAUUUCUUAGACUUAAAAGCAAAAUAAUUGGUCACGUUCCAUACAUAAAAAUUGCAGUGCCUUUGUGGUUGGGAUUGUUCUUAAAAUUGUGUAUCUAAGGCACAGAAUUGUUUCUAAGGUCUUGAAUCUGGCUAAAAUGUAAUAGUUGUAUAUAUUGAAAUUAUGAGGCAUAACUGGCCUGUGUCUACAGUUAGAAUCUGUUAGGCCUCCCUUUUACAUGUGUAUACUGGAAUGUUAACAGUACUUGGUGCCUUCAAGGGUUACCUCUUCAGUGGCUUAGAGGUGCUGUUUCAACUUAGACUAGGGUUGAACCACUCAUUACUGAAAUCACUGGUGCACUCAGAUAUUAUAAAAUGUCGCACCAUCAGUCCACAAGCAGCAGCAAGGUUUAGAUCUACCAAAGAAAAUGGAAUUAGACUUUUUAGAGUAGAAUGAUUCAUGUUGGUAUCACUGAGUAAAACAAAAAUGGUUUGAAAUUAAAGCAAAAAUAAGGUAUCUCGUUCUUUCCAUCAAGUACGUUUUGCUUGUGGUCUUUAAAUUCUAAAAAACCAUUUUUCCUGUUGGCAGUUGAAAAAAAAAACAUAAAUCAAGUAAUAAUAAGGGGUUAAUUUACCCUCUGGCCAAGGACUCAGUGGCUACUGAUCUUAGUUGAGGCUUUUUUAAAUUAUCAGACCCACAGUUCCAGGAAUUGACCUUAAAUACUGCUGUUGUUUAGCCCUGGACAGAAAUGCCAGUUGGUAGCAAUAGUCAACUUAAUUAUCCAAAGUGGAAGUGAAUCACCAUAAAAGGGUGCUACAGGGAUUUAAUUUCAUGAUCUCUUUUGUUUGCAGACUUCCAAAGAAUCAAAGAUUCAUGUUUAUAAACAUCAGUCUCUCCAGCCUAGAAAGUUGUUCUUACUAUUGAAACCUUUUAAGUUGGCCCUUUUUCCCCCUUGUCACUUUCAUUUAGCUGUAUGUUUAAUUAUGCUAUGUGUCAAGAGAGCAUUGGACCAUCUUCUAGCUCUUUGGAGCACUUUUUUUUUUUUUUUUAAAGAUUUUAUUUAUUUAUUUGACAGAGAGAGAGAGGAAACACAAGCAGGGAGAGUGGGAGAGGGAGAAGCAGGUGCCUCAGUGAGUAGGCAGCCUGAUGGCAGGGCUCGAUCCCAGGACCCUGGGAUCAUGACCUGAGCUGAAGGCAGACACUUAACUACUGAGCCACCCAGGCACCCCUUUGGAGCACAUUUUUAUGAAAACAUAUUUUAUGUGCUAAAUUAUGAUAGAUUAGAUUAAUGAACGAUGGUUUUGGCUUAGUGUUUUCAAAGUGCAUCACUGCCCAUAGAACAGCGUGCAGCCGCAGGCCCCAAGGUUGAAAAGAGGUCAUGAGUAGCAGGGAAAACAAACUUAGUUUCGUCUGUGUCGAAACCCACCCCUCUUCUGCCCUCUACUGGUGUGUUUACACUAUUUGGUCAUUGUGCAACUUUUAUUACAGAAUAAACAGUAUUAUUAAAUAGAAAGUCUAAGUAAAAGGCAGUAUCAUAAUACCAGCUGAUGUGGGCACUUUUAUCUGUAUGUGACUUGUUUAGGAACCUUAUAUGGGUAGGGCUUCAGAGUAGUAUAUACCAGGACAGCUUACAGAGCAGUUUGCAAAACUUAGUUUCCCUCUCAAAUCCAUUGUAGCAGUUUCAAGUGACUGUGUGGAUAUUGGAUGUUUAAUCUUUACCAUUUGCUUUGUAUUGACACAUUUUUCAUUUUUAGUGUCAACUCAUACACUAUUUUAGAAAUAAUGCAAAUCCAGCCUUCAUCCAGUGAUGAGAAUAACAGUAUAAUAGGAAUUUGCUGAAUGUGCUUUUAAUGAGUAAUUGCUUUUUUUUAGUAUCUCAUAGACUUUGCACGACACGGUACACUCCUAAUUAUGCAUUCUUUAGUUUUCAGAUCUUAAUCUAAGACAUUGUAUGUUAACUGAUUGGUUGCCUGAGAAAGAGCUUUCUCUGCCUGUUUCUCCCAUCACCAGUUUUUGGGGGUAAAUUAUGGGAAAAAUAGUGCUACUUCUCAUUUCUCUGGAUGAAUUAAAGUUUGUUUGGAUGGCAUAACCAAACUUUAGAGCAAGAUAGAAUGGCUGUUAAGAAUACUUAGAAAAUCCACAUUGAUCAAAAUUAUUCUGUGAAGCCAUAAAUCUAGUUCAUUAAUAGUAUGUGCUUAAUUUUGAACUUAAGUUUGGGAAAACUGUUCAAAUGGGUUCUUUUAAGAUUAUUUUAAUCAGCUUAGAAGCAAGAAGCUACUUAGCUAAUGAAAGCUGAGACAUACUUUCAUAAAAGCAAGAAAUUCUUGGGAGCAUUUUUUUCUUUAAAAAUGGGAUGAUCUUAAUGUCAAGAUUUAUACUCAGAUAAUCUGCAAGAAUAAAAUUUUAAAAUCCUUGACUUUUGUAGAUUUCCCACUGUCAAAUUCCCAUGGACUUGUGAGAGAAAAGCUAUCUUUUGUUUGAAUUCUGAUGGAAGAGUUUAACUCCUUUCAAAGGAUAUGAAAAAUUCAUUGGGAAGUGUAAUGUGUUCAUUUUAAGGGCUCUCAGUUAUCUGGACUGAAGGCACUGUUCUCACUGUGGCCAGAUGAGUGGGGGUGUUCUGUACAUGAAUCAUGCUAUAUCUUAAAUCAGGACAUCACUUAGGUAUUAAUGUUGUGUGUGUACAGAGUUUUGUUUGGGAAUUUUUUUUUUUUUGCCUAAAUAAAUGUUAUAAAUUUUA